AUGAAUCAACUCCUCUUUGAAAGAUCCACCGGCAACCUCGGCCAAAAUGCCUUUGUUCGCCUCCAGUACAGUCAACUGCUAUACGCAUUCCGGCCUGCUUCUCGGCUGCGCUUUAACGGCGGCGAACAAGGCACGAACAUAGUGCCCGAGGGCGCCGGAUCAUCCUAUCUUGAUAGCUGGGCUCACCAAUCUGGAGUGAAUGCCCUAGCCUUGGAGCGAUUUGAUGGCCGAAUAUUGGUAUCGGGUGGUUCAGAUGCUACCAUCCGUAUAUGGGACCUGGAGCAGCGUGACCAGGCAGCACCUGAAUAUGAAUUUCGCCCUGUUGCGCAAAUUUCUCGAGCCGGUAUCAGCCAGCAAGACACAUCGCUGCGACGCCAGCAGCCGGCCGUUUCAAGAGGUCCGUUAUCUAGAAGCGCCUCUAGCGACGGCCAUCGCUUCGGUGUGACACAUCUAUCGUUUUACCCUUUUGAUUCGGCCGCUUUCUUGUCCUCAUCCUACGACCAAACCCUCAAACUGUGGGCGACUGAUCUUGCCCGUCUCUCAGGGUCUUUCGAUCUCAGCUCCAAAAUAUACAGUCAUGCCAUCUCCCCUAUAGCUGAUCACCUGCUUGUGGCCUGCGCGACCCAGCAUCCGGCUGUACGGCUUGUGGACCUCCGGUCUGGUGCAGCCGUCCAAUCUCUCGUGGCUCCGGGCCAGGUCGCCGGUGCUGUGUUGUCUGUGGCCUGGUCUCCACGCCACGAACAUGUUCUUGCGAGCGGUGCCGUCGAUGGUAGCGUACGAAUCUGGGAUGUCCGUCUUGCAAGUAGCCUGGUGGCACUGCUGGACCAGGAGGAUAGCCUCGGUUUGUCCUCCAGGACGGGCAACGACAACGAUGGUCGCAUGCCAGUGGUCUCAGCCCCGUACGAGCGAGGCAUACGAUUAUCAGCCAAGGCUCACACCGGUCCCGUGAACGGACUGACCUGGACGGACGAUGGGGCCUACAUUGUUUCUGCUGGCCAUGACAGACGAAUACGCGUCUGGGAUGCUGCCACCGGUGCCAACACGCUCGUGAGCUUUGGGCCAUCUGUUCGCAACGGUGGCUUGACGAGCGUAUCGAUGGUAGUGUCUCCGACAGGCCUGACACCGCCGAAGAAGGAGCUGCUCUUCUGGCCUAACGAGUCCGAGAUCCUCGUCUUCGGUUUACAUGACGGUAGUAUUGUCACUCGGCUACGCGGAAUGGGUCCUACUCAGUUUGCUGUGCGCUUGGCAUCGGGUGCCAGCCCAGCUUUCAACAACCCACCCCCCUCUGGAGCCAGAAUGGGCAGACGGGGCUCUGUCAGUACCGGCAACCGUACCGGUAGAACUGUGGUGCCUGACCGGUCAUCUGCCAGGAAGAACAGAGUCACUAGCCUUGUGUGGCAAGGAGCGGGGGGGUCAGGCAGCGAGACUGGUGGUGUCAACAUGGGCGGUCACGGUGCCAUGGGCGGUGUCUACAGCGGCCAUUCGGAUGGCCAGAUACGCGCGUGGAUGCCCCAGCCAGCCGUUGAAAAUGGAGGAGCUGACGACGAAAUUGGUGGCGAUAGUGACGAUGCAACGCCCUCGGCCGUCGAACAGCGUGACCGAAAACGGAGAGCUUUAGACCAAACCUUCCGCAGUCUCAUGGGCACACAGAUAACAUUCCGGUAA